CUCUCUCGACUUGAUGGCAUCUGAGGACUUCCGAUUGUGCAAAACUUUCAGUUCAACCUUGGAACGUGAUGGCAAAAAUGAUAUGAUAUGUGUAAAUGUGUGCAAACAAAACAUAAUUUGCAGACGUGAUAAAUAAAUCUAAAUCAAGGAAGGCAUAAAUCAUAAUGACGGACAACACUAAAAGAGUUGGAAGGUGGUAUUUCGGAGGAAUUGCAAGUGCAAUGGCAGCUUGCUGUACCCAUCCCCUUGAUUUACUGAAGGUACACCUCCAAACUCAACAACUUGAGAAAGUGAAGGCAACAACACUCGUUGUACGAAUUCUGAAGACCGAUGGAGUACUUGGGCUAUAUAAUGGUCUCUCUGCUUCGAUAUGUAGACAGCUUACAUAUUCAAUGACGAGGUUUGCCAUGUAUGAAACAGUGAAGAAAAAUCUGACACAAGAUGGAGGUACUAUGCCAUUCUAUCAGAAAGUCUUGACUGCGGCUGUCUCUGGUGCAACUGGGGGGCUAGUGGGAACUCCGGCCGAUCUGGUCAAUGUCAGAAUGCAGAAUGAUGUCAAGUUGCCUCCAGAUCAGCGGCGCAACUACAAACAUGCAUUUGAUGGAUUGUGGAAGGUUUACAGGAAUGAAGGUGUACCCCAAUUGUUUGGAGGGGCAACUAUGGCCAGCUCAAGAGCAGUUCUUGUCACUGUGGGCCAGUUGGCAGGCUAUGACCAGAUUAAACAACUGAUGAUGUUGACGGGGGUAUUUGAAGACAAUAUAGUUCUCCAUCUUACCUGUAGUACUUUGGCUGGGUGUUUAGCAACACUUUUGACCCAGCCAUUGGAUGUAAUGAAAACAAGAAUGAUGAAUGCUAAACCAGGAACAUAUGCAGGGGUUUCUGCCUGUGCAAUGGAUAUAGCAAAAAAUGGCCCCAUAGGAUUUUUCAAGGGAUUUAUUCCUGCUUUUGUGCGGCUGGGUCCCCAUACUGUGUUUACAUUCAUCUUCUUUGAGCAGCUGAGGUUGAACUUUGGUGAUUUCAAAGAAGACUUAGCCAAAAAAGAAUAGCAUUGCAUAUUUAAAAAUGCAUUCCUAGAUUGUCACUUUAUCUACAAUUUAUGUAUACACUUUGUUUGAUUUUUUUAAUGGAUAUACUUUGAAACUUUUAUGAACAUCUGCGAUGUGGAAUGUUUAUUUGGCUUUAAAUUUUAGCUAUCUUAAAUUUUUUUUUAAAUUUGAAUUUAAUUUUUUUUUUUUUGGAAAUGUUUAAAAUUAAAGAAUGUUUCUAAUGCUUUUUACCUCAUAAUUCUGCUUAUUUUUAUAUUGAUUCAUUGUUGACUGGUGAAAAUAUUAAUUUGAAACAAAAUACUAAUUACCACAAUGUAGCAUUUUUUAUUUUAAUCAAAGGGAGGAACAUUUGUGCUGAAAUCCAGAACAGAAUAUGAUUAACCUAUACAAAAAUUAUAUUUUUUAAUAGCUGUAAGCUAUACCAUGUUUUCAAGUGAUGAUUUUUAUUGAUAUGUUUUACUUGUGCCAUGAAGAUCAGUAUUGAUCUAUAUGUAGGACCAUAAGGGAAAACCUAAUUUAAAACUAGAAGUACAAACAUAGAUUUAGAAGAAAAUUCCAUUAUAAUAUGAGUCAGUACAGUUCUUACAAUUCAAUGGGUAUAGUUUUAUUUUUAUUUGGUUUUAUAUACCGAUUUUACGAGAUAUUGAAUUUUUAGAUGAAACUAUAUUGAGAGAUUUUCCUUAUUCUGUAUACUAAUGACGUAUUGCCACUAGAUGAACAUUGUAAUUUGAGUUAUAGUAUACAUGUGUAUAGUUGAAUAUAGUUUGGAGUUAUAAAGAAUCAGUGAUUGCUAAUUUGAGUAUUGGUAAUUUGAUUUAUAUUGUCUUGUUCAAUUGUUCAUGCAUAACAUUGCUUUAUAAAGCUUGCCCUGCAUAGGGAAUGUAGGAGGAGAGAAAAACUAAAAUUAUCAAUUUAAAACAAAUGAUUUUUUCUAUAUGGUUAUCAUAGACUAUGGAGUUUAUUAUCAAAAAAAAAAUGUUGAUAUACACACUUAACAAUUUGCUUAUUUAAAUAACCAGAUUAUAUAUAUUUUUUUUUUAAAACAAGAAACAUGUCUAUUGUUGCAUAAUCACAACUACCUCUGUUUUAUCCUAUACAUGUGUAUAAUAUUAGGUACAUGUACAGGGAAAUCAAAGCAUGUGAUGGAAGUCCAUUGUAACAUAGAUCAUUUAUUUAUUAAACUUAAUAUCAGUGAGCAUAAAGGUUAAUUGAAGAGUAUAUGUAUUGAAAACACUCAGUGAGAUUUGAUUAAUUUUUAUUAAUAUCCAGAUUUUUUUUUUUUUCAAAUCAAAAUUUUAAAACUGUGUUUUAAAUAUUUCAUUUAUACCAAAUAAUAACUUUGUCUAAAAUUAUACUAUAUAGUGCUGGUCUUAAAGGCACUGUAUGUAAUAAUUUAAUCUAUAUUCAUAGCUUUAUGUUAUGUUUCUUCUUGAGGGCAAUGAAUUUGUUAAUUUUUCUUGUCGUCAAUGAAAUAUUUUAUCUUC